GCAAAACUGAAAAAAUCGAAAAGAGUCGAAGUUCGACCACUUUUGCCGAAAUUAAGGCUCAGAAUAUAACAGCUAAGAGUCACAAAUUAAAUUCACAUGAUCGGAAAGGAGAAGAUCAUCUUGAUUUACCUAAUGACAAAAAAGAAAUUAUCGUAAAGGAUAACGAUAAAAUCCGUAAAAGAGAGAACGAAUCUACCUUUUCUAUCGAUUUAAGCGAAGGGAAUCAGCGCUCACCAAAAAAUAACAUUAAUUCUCAAGUUUCUUUCGAAAAAAAUCAAACCACUUCAUCGAAUAUAACAUCUUUCGAUUCACGCCAUCAUCAUGUAAACAAUUAUUUGAGGCCAAAAGCAGAAUCUCGAUAUUUUAUUAUCAAAAGUCAUAACUAUGAAAAUGUCCUAAAGUCUCAAUCUGACGGAAUUUGGGCAACUCAACCUGGCAAUGCUGACAUUUUAAGCGAGGCGUUUCAGACAAGUGAACGCGUCGUUCUUAUUUUUUCUGUGAAUGAAAGCCGACAUUUUCAAGGUUACUGCGUUAUGACCUCAGAUAUUGGUGCAGCUAAGCAUGCCUCUUGGUUGAGAAUUAAUGAAGCAAAUCUCGGGGGAAAUUUUCAUGUUCGAUGGAUUAAAAUCCGGGAUUUACCAUUCGAUAGAACGGGACAUAUACGAAAUCCUUGGAACGAGGGCAAGCCUGUAAAGAUUAGUCGCGAUGGACAAGAGUUGCCUUCGAAUAUUGGAAAUAAGUUAUGUGAAUUAUUCGAAACUCUCCCUGAAGAAACAAGCACCGCCCCUGACGCUAAUAUUGAAUCCAAAAUCAAAAAGGACCAUCGAGAAAAAUUGCGGCGUUCAGAAUCUAUUGCUGAUAGAUAUAAGCCAUAUGAUGCUUUGAACAGAGCACAAAGAGCCGAAAGAGGUAUUCGUGCUCGUGGACAAAUGUUAUCCGCCGAGAUUGAACGACCGCGUCUGGUUCGUGAAUUACCUCCACGCGAAUAUUCACGAAUUAUUUCACACACGGGUGAAUAUGAAGGUCAUCAUGGACAAUAUAAUCUUUUUCACCCUACUUUUCAGGGUCAUCUUGGAAUGCCACAUCAUCGGACUUGGCAGUCUUUCGGAUCACACAUUGCAUCACAUUCCGGUCAAAUCAAUCAUCAUCGAGUGCCCAAUUUCGAACGGAACGGACGAAGAUGA